CUCAUUCGCCCCUCUGAAUGCCACUCUCACCAAUAUGGACACCAAUCGUGGAACCGACUGUGACACCUACUGCGAAAUCUGGAGGUGUUCCCAAAGAAAAGGGUGGCAAAUCCACCUCUUCCACGUCAGAAUUCAUGAAGCCUCGCUUCAAGCAAUCUCGCUGGUACAAUGCUCUGAACGAGAUGGAGCUCUUGCGUCGGAAAAGUGAACCACCCAACUUGAUAAGGCACACCAUGGCCAUGCGAUCCUGUGCUCAUUCCUCACUCUGGCGGAUGGCAACGAGGAUUUUUUUUGCCGUGCAGAUUUGGGACUUGGAGCCGGAUAUCGUCUCUUGUGGUACCAUCAUGGGAGCUUGCAAGAGAGACUGGCAGAGAAGUUUGCGCUUGGUCUGCUGGGCAGAAGACCACGAGCUGCGAAUCAGCAGCACAUUGCUGGGACAGGCCAUCUCCACCUGUAAAGAAACGCUCUUGUGGAGAGUAGCAGGAGAAAUUUUGAACAUGGCUUCUGGCCGUGCUGUUCUUCCAGAUCUCAAGACCCACACGGCCAUGUUGGGAGCCUGCGCUGAUCGAUGGGACCGCAGUCUGGGGUGCAUGAGCGAAAUGGAGGUGUUACGACUUCCUGUGGACCAAGUAUCGCGCAACAGUGCCAUGAAUGCAUGUGCUCGAACUGGGUCCUGGGGCAGAACUUUGAGUAUGAUGAGAGGUUUGGAUGAAGAAAUGAUGGAUCAAAGCACUUUGUCAACCUGCCAGAAUGCGUUUGCCAAGAUCAAUCUCUGGGAAGUUCCUCUAACUUUGCUCCUCUCCAGCUACACCCUCCGUGCACCCCCGGAUGUCGUGGCCUAUGGGGCCGUGCUGAGCGCGUGCGAGAGAAGAUGGCAGCGGAGCGUGACGGUGCUGCGGAGCAUGCGAUGGAGCCAGGUGCAGCCGGAUUUGGCAUGCUUUCAUACCCUGAUGGACGGAUCUGCGUGGGAACUACCUCUGAAUCUGCUGCUUCGACUGGGAGAUCUCUGGCAGCGUCCUGGCGUCACAAGCUACAACAUUGCCAUCAACUCCUGUCAUGAUUGGCGAGUGUCACGAGCUCUUUUGCAGUGCGGAUUAUCUCAGAUGGGUUUGGAGACAAACCUCAUCGGCUACAACUCGGCCAUGGCCAAGGGAGGGCCAUGGCAAGCACCACUGGAGAUCUACCAAAAGAUGAUGGAGGUCGGACUGAUGCCAGAUGCCGUGAGUGAUGCUUCGCUUGCCAAUGCAUGGAGGCAGAAGCAGUGGCGUCGCGCAUUGUCCUUGGGCGACAGGUCAAGAUCAGCAGCUCUGUGGCAGGUCAGUUCUCAAAGCAGUCCUUGGUAUGUUGCUGCAUCCCUGUUUGAACCCCUCAGUGGGCUGCGGGUCUCUGAUUCUGCGUUGAGUCACAACAUGGCUGCGUCUGCAGAUCGUUGGGAACAGGUGCUCGAUCUUCUUCGAUGUGGUGAUUUGGAGAUGGCCAAGGCGCUUCCUUCAGCCAGCCCUUGGCAGUGGGUCCUGGAGAUGUUCACCACGUCUUUGCAGCGAAGGUCUUUGGGAAGCGAAGAACUCCAGCGCCAAGCCAUCCAGGUGUCCAGCCAAGCAACUGGGUGGCCUGCGGCCCUGCAGCUCUUCCAGGACUUCAGAGGUUGCGAAGUCCGCAUGGAGGAGAAGCUGAAUGGUGCGCUCUGCGAUCUGCAAAGAGCUGCGGGUCGUACUUGGACUUUCGGCCUGGAGACAUUUCAGCAGAUUCAGUUCAUGGGUUGUCAAGUGGAUGCAGUGCACUGCAGCAGCCUCCUGCGCCUUUGUGCUUCGAGCUCUGGCUGGUGCGAAGCCCUGGGGCUGCUGAGCUCUGCAGAAAGCCGUGGUGUGCAGAUGGACGAGGUGGCCUGGAACGCCAUGAUGUCUGCCACGAAGGUCGAAGACUCCCCGGAGUCUGACCUGGGGCACUGGGAAACAGCCGUGUCGAUGAAAAGCUGCAUGCGGUGGCAAGCGUUGGAACCAGAUGUGGUCACCUUCAACACCUUGCUGAGCGCAACUGGAAGAUGGCAAGGCAUUCUCGGACUCCUGGUAGACAUGGCACAGACUCGGCUGUCCCUCCACGACGUCGCCGGCCUCAGCGUGGUGGACGCCUGCGCGCGCGCGGGGCAGCUGACGGUGGGAUGGCGGGUGAUGACGACGCUGCUGAAGGACGUGCCGCCGGUCGUUCGCUUGUGGUCCAUGGCCAAUCUCGCCGUGUCGGACCCGGACGAAACGGUCCGCGUGUUGAUGGAAGCAUGUGGCCAGCUGCGUCACAUGGAAGGAUCCAUGAGCCCGAGCGAGGUGUGCAAGCUUUGGUGGGCCGCCUCCAUGCUCGGCGUCCAGAGGAAACAACUUUCCGAAGCUUUUUUUUCCCCAGGAGUCCUGUCGCGAUGUCAGCUGGAUGAACUGGUCGCUGUGGCCAUGGCCGCCACGUCGGGUGCCACGCAGCGCUUCUUCGAGGACCUGCGGCUGGAGCUCCAGCGUCGCCUCGCCGCUGGGCCUUGGCGAUCUGAGCCUGGGAAGAUUCGGAAGGCCUUGCAGGACUUUUUGGGCAUUAUUUGGGCAUUGAACUUUGCCGGAGAGCUGAGUCCACGCUGCCUCUCCGUGGCCACCUCGGAGAUCCGGCGCCUCGCCCGGGCCUUGGACGCCUUGGACGACCGCAGGACGGCCCCACUUCCAACGCGGGGACGGGCCCUGGGAGGCCGCGAGAACAACUCCACCCUGGCGACUCCCAGGGUGACCCUGGAGCUGCCCGAGCUGAUGGUCUUGGAGAAACCUCCUGGCUGGGAAGUCUACGGAGACACGAGGCACCAGUUACGUUCCUUCAUCCUGAACCGGAGCGCACGUGGUGCCGGCCGCCCCAUCUAUGCAGAUCUGAAUCACGCCUACGGCUUCCUACAUCGUCUGGAUAUCCCCAGCUCAGGACUGAUCUUGUCCGCCAAGAGCUAUGCCUCCUACUAUGAUCUUCAGCUCCAGCUGGUGUCUGGUGGCAUCUCCCGCGACUACUUAGUGCUGUGCCAUGGCUAUGUUCCAGCCACACGGUGUCAGGUGAAUGCCAGGUUGAACUGCCUGUUGGAUACCACAAAAGCCAGUGGUCAAGGAAAGCCUUCCAGGACCUUCAUCAAGCCCACGGCCUAUGCACAGUUCCAGUGGUGCUCGUUGACCCUGCUGCUGGUGCGCAUCGACACGGGGCGGCGGCAUCAGAUCCGCAGCCACUUUGCCUUUCUGCAACAUGCCACCGUGAGCGACAGCCGAUACUCCGCCGCGGAGACUUUUGCCAGUGAUCUUCAGCUUUGUGGUCGGAACUUCAUCCAUCGAUUUCAGUUGAGCUUUUCAGGGAACCUGGUGACCAUGGCACUUCCAGAAGAUCUCAGGCUUUGCUUGGAACUUUUGAGCUGCAAGACUUGGGAGUCCCAGAAAACCUUGAAGCUCCUUGGAUCUGCGAAAUUUGAGGUUUGUUGGGCUUCAAUCGGUUGGAAUGACAAGGAAGCCAUGCCCAAGCAUUUGGAAGAUAUGAAGAACAUGCCACAAGCAUCAGGCGACCGGCACCUGGGUGUCCUGGCGAUCACUGGAUGUGGAUCCCAGGCAUUUCACCUCAAGAGCCUUCGCGGUGUGACCUCUGCACUCAGUGCAUGCGCCAACGCUGCAGCUUGGUCUCCGAAUUUGGAGAAAUUCGGAUGUGUGAAGGCCCAUCAAAACGUCCAGACUUUCCUGCCUGCCUCAGGCCUAGAACUGGAUGCGAUUUGUAGCAAUGCAGCAAGCAGCGCCUUCAAAGGGCGUCGAUGGAACUUGUCUUUGGCGCAACUUUCAUCCCUUGAAACACGGACCAUACUUCCAACCACCUUCACCCACAACAUCUUACUCACCGCUGGCACCUGGCAUGGCGCCGUGGACCGCCUGCGAUGCCUCACAGAGGGCCGCAAGCGAAGCCUCCGUGCUGACGCGGUGUCCUUCAGUGCUUUGAUGAAUUCAUGCCAGGAGCAAAGUCAGUGGAGGGUGGCUCUCCAAGGCUAUAAUCAGUUGCACGCAGGUGGUGUAAAGAUGAACUCCAUCACUCGCACGGCAUCUUUGGGUUUGCACUCUGCGUGGCUUACGGCGGUGCAGCUGUUUUCGGGGCUGAGAAGAGAAAGUCUGCUGGAUAGCGAUUUCAUGUGUAACAACCUCCUGAAAUCCUUGGACGACCGGUGGCAAGCGACUUUACAGCUGCUUCAUCGCCUGGUGCCGUGGCGCAUAGCUCCAGGGACCAUCUCGAGGAGUUUGGCGAUGAGUGGCUGUGAAAAAUCUUCUCAGUGGAUUUCUGCACUUCAAGUCCUUCAAAGUCUGCGUCGAGCGCCGGGACUGCGGAGCAAUGAAGUCUGUUAUGGGUCCAACAUCUCAGCCGUCACCAGAGAACAGCAGUGGAAGCUCAGUUUGUCGCUGCUGUUUGAGAUGGCCCUACAGGGCAUCUCCUUUUCUCGGAUUGGUUGCAAUGCUGCCCUGAUCACCCGCAAGACUGCUGUCACAGAUCCCACCGCUGAUUCCGCGCCGUGGCUUUACGCCUUGGCACUGGCAAGUUUGAUGCUCUCCGCGAAGUUGAAGCCCAACCGGGUGACCUACAACGCCUCCAUCAGCGCCUGUGAGAAGAGCGGCGUUUGGCCGAUGGCCACGGCAGUGCUUCGUGGCAUGGCCCUGCGAGGGGUGUCCGCAGACAUCCUGAGCUUCGAUGCCGCGAUCAGCGCACUGAACGACGCCGAUGCAGUGCCUUCGGGAUGGUAUAUGGCGCUUGGCCAUGUACGGCAGCUGGAGCGCUGUAGCAUCAUCCCCACCACCAUCACCCUGAAUGCAGCCCUCUCGGCUUGUCGGCAACGCUGGGAAGCAGUCCUGGCGUUGACCAACGGAAUGGGUCGACAAGUGGAGAAGGACUCCUGCAGCCUGCAAUUGUUCAUGGGCACUUGUGAAGUACACACCAGUUGGGUCACCUCUCUGCACCUGCUGAGUGAUUCGGAGGAUGAUUCUUCCUGGUGGUGGUUGCUUUCCCGUUCUCUGAGAACGGGAGCGCGACCCAGAGGAUCUAGACCCAGGGGACCCAGGGCCAGGAACCCUGCUUGAAUCGUCUGAAAGAUCUGAACAGUAGGUACAGCUCUCAAAAUGAACAUGGAAGCGGGGUUGGAAAAUGACUCAGGAAGGAAAUCGACAGUUUGAGGGUUCCAUGCUAAAUCUUGGAGGCAUGGAGGAAAUUCGAUCAUCCAAGCUCGUUUGAAGAAGUGCAGCGAAUGGCCCGGCCCUGAUUGAAGCACACCUGCGGGUACUUGUGCAGGAUUUUCACACUUGUGGGUUUCUCAAGCGACAAAA